AUGGCAGAUGAUGAUGAGGAUCAUUGGGUUUCGCCUGUGCGCUCAAACGCUUUCACACCACGCGAGCGAAAACCGUGGAAGCUGCUCGAUAUUAACCUCAUCAUCAUCGGCAGCGGCCCCUUGGCCGAGCAGGUGCUGCGACGGCGGCUGGAUGCUGGCGGGAGGGCAUGCCUCCUUUGGACAAGCGUUCCACCACAGCCUCCCCUCCCGAAGCACGCAUGCCAUGAUGAGCCUGUUUACGACGAAAAGACUUUUACAUGGCAGCCACCACCGUCAAGGCACGGGCCUGAAGGUCCGGAGAUUCGCCGCCUGCGGCGUCGCUUCGGCAGCGUUUGGUAUGGUUUCAUUCGUGCAGGUCCAGAUGUGGUCGGACUUGCGGACGGCGAGCAGUAUGAGCUGCUGAUGGAAUGUCAAAGCUGUGUUGGAGUGCGAGUGCUUGCUGGUGAGAAGGUGUCGUGGCAGUUGUCUGGUGCGGUGCUGCUUUUGGGACCAUGGGAAUCCACGGGCGACACCGAGGCACCGACACAGCAAAGGGGGGAAGCCUGGGCAUUGACUGUUAAUGUUGGUGUGGAGCAGGAAGAAGCAAAGCCAAUGGUGUACUAUGACGGAGGUAGCCCAUUAGUCAUCACUCUAGGUGUUGGCUACUUCGUGGUUGCCAACAUGAUUUGUUACAGUGUCAUUAAUGCCUACGAGCCAACAGCAGAGCCGACGCAGUUUGAUUGGUGGUGGAUGUUGCCACGCAGCAUGACGAUUACCGGACACUUUUGGUCGAAUUCCGUGUCGCACGGCAUGCUUGGAUUUCCGCAGUCAUACCGCGUUACCAUUGUGUCUGCUUUGUCGGGCUUUGCUGCGUGGACUCUCUGGGAGCUUUUGUGGUUUCUGCAGAGAAACGGGUGGCGGCUACAGUACUUCAUCAUGACCUGUUUCGGUUUCGAGACUUGCUUGACUACUGAGUUGGUGCUGAGCUUCUUGUGGCACCGCAGAGCUCAAGUUUUGCCAAGCCACGGUGGUAGAGCACGGGACCUCAAAAAGCAGGUGAUAUGGACUGCUUUUAUGUAUUUGGAGCAGAUUUUCUUGCUUUUUGCACAGUGGGUCAUCGUCGUGGUCUAUAUAUACGUAGACAGUGUCAGCACCAUUCUUGCAGGGUUCUUCCUCAGCUUUGGCACUGCCGGUUCAGAGCUGCUGGGUAUAGCCUUCAUGGAGUCUUUUUACACGAAGUUGGUGUGGCCACGUGCCGGCAAUGAGGCUGCGGUUGUAUGGGGCGACCAGAGCUCUAAUGCAACCGGGCUUCUCGGCUUGGCUCAUGCCUUUGCUGAAGGCUCACGGCUUGUAAGCCUCCUUUGUGUCGCUGCGCGCAGUCCAACUUGGCAUUGGCAGUGGUUUGCCAAUGUGAUAUUGAUGCUAAUCACCAACCUUGCUGUUAGACACGGGUACCAUGUCAGCGCAUGCGUUCGUGUGCUGCCGCGGGUAGGCCGUCGGUUGAAGCCCAGCUGUUUCGCAAUACUUCAUCGACACGGGCGACUCAUGUGCGGCUACUACCGCUUCCUUGCCAUUGGUUCCUAUGUUCUCUGGCGUAUCCUUUGGCUUGGUGCAACGCCACUCUUCAACACACAUACCCUGGUGCUCUUUGCUUGUGUCCUGGUGGCGGAGGUCUUGGAGGACCUUGUGGUGCUGCGCCGCUGGCUGCCGCUGGAUCUCUGGCGUCGCCAGCUGAGGUACGACUUCAAGCCACUUGAUCCAUUUCAUCCACGACAGGGGAUGUGCAAGGACCAUCGCGGUGUCCACGUGGAACUCCCACCCCUCCGCCUGCACGGGGCACGUGUGCUUUCUGGGCCACUCAACGCGACGGCGAUGCAAAUCACCUGCAGCACGGUUUUGGUCUUGAUGUGGUUGCCCCUAGGUGUGGGCUUUAAUUUGGGCGUUUGCCCUGAGCCAAUCUUGGAAGGCCAGCGACUGGGCGAUGCAUUUUGGUGGUCGCUGCCAUGGCAAUGCUGA